CUCAGCUGGGAUUGGGAGUUAACAGAAGGUGACAAACAUGGUGGCGGGGCUUGAGAAACAACGGCGGCACUUGGAUGGCGGUGGAGGAGAAGAGAAACUUUUCAGUGGAAGAGAGGAAUUCGGUAAAUCAUCCAACACUUUUAAGCAGAUUGUAGCCUUGGCAAUUUGGUUGGGAGCUAUUCAUUUCGACGCUGCGUUGGUCCUCUUCGCGCUCUUAUUCUUGCCUCUCUCCAAAGCACUCUUGGUUUUUUGUUUGCUCUUCAUAUUUAUGGUUCUUCCCUUGGAUGAGAAAAGCAACUUUGGCCAAAAGUUGUCUAGGUACAUAUGCAAGCAUGCUGCCAGUUAUUUUCCGGUCACACUUCAUGUAGAGGAUAUUAAUGCCUUCGAUCCUGAUCGUGCUUAUGUUUUUGGCUACGAACCACAUUCAGUUUUGCCAAUUGGUGUUUCUGUGCUAGCUCACCACACCGGUUUCAUGCCUCUUCCAAAAAUAAGAGUUCUUGCCAGCAGCGUUGUGUUCUACACACCGUUUUUGAGACACAUAUGGACAUGGUUGGGUCUUACACCAGCAACAAAGAAAAAUUUUACUUCCCUGUUGGCAGCUGGUUAUAGUUGUAUUUUAAUACCUGGUGGAGUACAAGAAACGUUUCUCAUGGAGCAUGGCUCUGAGAUUGCCUUCCUUAAGGCUAGAAGAGGAUUCGUUCGCAUAGCAGUGGAGAUGGGCCAACCCUUGGUUCCAGUUUUCUGCUUUGGGCAGUCAGAUGUCUAUAAGUGGUGGAAACCAACUGGGAAGUUGAUUCUGAAAUUUGCUAGGGCUAUCAAAUUCACCCCAAUAUAUUUUUGGGGAAUUUUCGGAUCUCCUUUACCAUACAGACAUCCAAUGCAUGUAGUGGUGGGUAGACCAAUUGAGAUUGACAGAAAUCCAGAACCAACAGUGGAGGAGGUUGCUAAAGUACAUGAUCAGUUUGUUGAAGCACUUCAAGAACUCUUUGAAAGACACAAAGCUCGGGCUGGAUAUCCGAACCUUGAGUUAAGAAUCGUUUGAUGCCAUAAAAGUUACCCGGUCCCAUAUUUUUAUUGGUGUAUAUUUAUUUUCUUCUCUUAUUGGGGAACUGCAUGUAUCAUUUACUAGGUUAAGGGGGAAAAAAGUGUAAUAAAACCCUGGUAUGGCUACAACGAUCAACCCCCCUUGUUGGAUGACGAAAUGAUACUAGUAGUUUGAAUGGGGUUGAUUUAUGUCUUGAUCUUCUUUAUCGGUUUGUCAGCAUAAUGCAAAGGCCAAUAUUUAAUGGGGAUGGUUUAUAUCUUGAUCUUCCAUUAGUUCUUAGCCGAUGCAAUUAUGCCCAGAUGAACGCAAGAGGAUAUAGUCAUUGUAACAAUUUUACUCAUAAAGAGUGGGGUGUGCUGAACGGUCUUCUCUCA